AUGGCUUCCGAACAACCGAGCCAGGAGCGCCGCCAUGUCGCUGCAAACGAAGCCCGCCGUCUAGUCAAGGACAUCCUCACCGGCAACGGCGUCCCAGCAGAGAAUGCCACCAUAGUAGCCAACGGUCUCAUUGCGGCUGACCUUCGCGGCGUCGACACGCACGGCAUGAACCGUAUCCCGUCUUACAUGGAGCGCGUCAGACAGGGUGUCCUCGAUCACACCGCGAGUCCGGCCCUCACGCACGUCACGCCCGUCGUGGCCCAGGUAGAUGGCCAUGAUGGAUUUGGCUUCCUGGCGGCGCACAUGGGUAUGGCUGCGUGCAUCGAGUCCGCCAAGACGUACGGCAUCGGCAUGGCCAGCAUCAAGCACUCGAAUCAUUUCGGCAUGAGUGCGUGGAUCGUGCAGCAAGCCCUGGAUGCCGACAUGAUGAGCCUGGUGUUUACCAACUCCAGCCCUGCGCUGGCGCCCUGGGGCGGCCAGAGCAAGCUGAUUGGUGUCUCACCCAUAGCCUGCGGUGCGCCCGGGAAAGACGCAUCGUCGCAUUUUAUUUUAGACAUGGCGCCGUCCGUCGCGGCACGCGGCAAAAUCUACAAAGCCAAGCGACGCGGCGAAAAGAUUCCCAUGGACUGGGCGCUGGACGCGGAAGGACGGCCGACGGAUGACCCCGAGGCCGCGCUCGGAGGAGUCAUGCUGCCGAUGGGUGGUCCAAAAGGGUCUGGUCUGGCCGUCAUGAUGGACGUCUUCUCGGGCGUCUUGUCCGGCUCGGCGUUUGCGGGACAUGUAACGGGACCGUAUGACCCGUCCAAGCCGGCCGACGUGGGCCACUUUCUGCUCGCGAUUAAGCCUGAUCUCUUUAUGAGUCUGGACGACUUUCGCGGUCGCAUCCAGUAUCUUUACGACAGGAUUACGGGAGCGGAAAAGGCCGCCGGCGUUGAACGCAUCUACUUUCCUGGCGAGCUUGAGCAACUGGCGCAGAAGGAGCGUGAAGAGGCGGGUAUUCCGCUCGUGCAGGCUGAGAUUGAUGCUUUGAAUGCAGAGGCAGAAAAGGUAUCAGCGUCACCGAUGGUUUCUAUGUCUUGA